CAGGUGGAGCAGAGAGGAGGAAAGGGACCAGGACCAAGAUGUUCACACGGCAUGGCGGUGAUCGGAGACAAACUCUACUGUUUGGGAGGCGAGUUAAAACCAAACGAAGCCAUCGACAAAGACCUUUACGUUUUUUACUUCAACACUCACACCUGGUCAAUCGCUCCGGCAAAUGGAGACGUCCCCCGCAUCAGCACUUUCGGCGUCCGUAUGGUUGCCGUGGGAAAUAAGCUCUAUGUCUUUGGAGGCCGCAAUGAAAAGCGCGAGUUCAGCGACUUUUACUCGUAUGAUACGGUGAAAAACGAGUGGAAGUUCCUGACAAAGCUCGAUGUUGAGGGAGGACCCGAGGCUCGUACUUUCCAUUCGAUGGCUUCAGAUGAAAACUACGUGUAUGUAUUCGGUGGGGUGAGCAAAGGCGGCGGGUUGAUGAAAACUCCCGAGCGGUUCAGAACGAUCGAGGCGUAUAACGUUGCUGAUGGGAAAUGGGUUCAGCUACCAGAUCCUGGAGAAAACUUUGAGAAAAGAGGAGGUGCGGGAUUCCUUGUGGCGCAAGGCAAGAUUUGGGUGGUAUAUGGGUUUGCGACUUCGAGUUUGCCUGGAGGAAAAAGCGACUACGAGUCUAAUGCUGUGCAAUUCUUUGAUCCGGCUCUCGGAAAGUGGACAGAAGUAGAGACUACAGGAGCAAAACCUUCCGCGAGGAGCGUGUUUGCACAUGCAGCAGUGGGAAAAUAUAUAAUAAUAUUUGGAGGUGAGAUCUGGCCAGACCCAAAGGCACAUUUAGGUCCAGGGACGUUGUCUAACGAAGGUUACGCGUUGAACACUGAGACAUUAGUCUGGGAGAAGUUUGGAGGAUGCGAUGAACCGGAGAUGCCACGCGGUUGGACCGCCUACACCACUGCCACCCUCUAUGGAAAGAAUGGCCUCCUCAUGCAUGGCGGAAAGCUUCCGACCAACGGCCGCGCUGAUGAUCUCUACUUCUAUGCGGUCAAUUCAGCUUAAUGCGUGUUAAGGUUUGGUUGUUUGUGUGGCUCGUCAAGUGUUAAUUAUUACUAGUAUGAAUAAAUAAAGAGCCAAUUUUAUGUGUACUCUGUUUGAAUUUGAAAUAUGGUGUCAUUGUAUUACGUACGUGUUUAAAUAAAUUAGUGAAAUUGUUGUAUACAAAUUUGUCCAGU